CCUUUUGUGCAGAGCGCGUGCAGGGACCAACAGGACCGACCCUCCUCUUUUAGCAAGAAAACUGAUGAAUGAGUGAAAGCGGCCGAGCCUGCCCUGCAUCCCCUUACCACUUCACAAAUAAAAGCUUUCCACUUGGAGGGAUUCACCGCACAAACGUGGACGGAAGUUGUGUAGUGUGGCCAUGCUGAGGUAGCAGCAGUAGGUCAGGAUGUCUGAUGAAGAGGAGGAGCGGCUGAGUAGGAGGAAGGGGGAGGGAGAGAUCUGCUAUGUCACUGAUGAAGACGAAGACAACGACGGAGAUGUUGAAGAUGAGGGGAUGCCUGACCAGUCUCACAGCGCCCCCUUCAGCUCCGAGAAUGAGGCUCAGGGAGGCGACUCAGCUGCGUGGCAGUGCACCCCUCCCCCAUCUACCUCACCUUCGGGGGAGACGCCGGCACACCCUCCUUCCUCCCAGCCCGCGUCCAGACCCCGCUCCAGGCCGGCCAGCCAAAGCCCCUCCCCUCCCGCCGCCCUGACAGGAACCAAGAAGAGGGGCUCCAAACCGGCUCACAUGAGACGUAACAUCAGGAAGUUACUGAGGGAGCAUCAGUUGGAGCCAGUGACCAAAGCCGCCCAGCAGGACGAGUUGGAGAGGAGGCGACGUCUGGAGGAGCAGAGAAAACAGGAUUUCCCCGUACCGCUGCUGCUUGAAUACACAACUGGCGAUGUGGCAAAGCACGUCUCCUCAUCGUCGGUAUCAGCGGCAUCGCAGCAAGAAGUGAAGUCGGUCAGACAGGAAGUGAUCUGCCUGGACUCCAGCAGCACUGGCAUCAGCGAGGACGAGGGCAAGACUAACGUACCCACCUCCACUACCACAGAGCACACACACAAAAGAGAUGUGAUCGAUCUGAGCUCGAGCGAGGACGACGCCAUCGUCCACGUAAGCAGCGCGUCCACCAACGAGGAAGAAGAGAGCGAGCCGAGCGGUGCACAUGCAAACGACACCCUUAACCGACCAGACGCCCAGGGCAGGGUGCUGGUCAACUUAAACCAUCCAUCCGAAGAGAAGGACGUGUUCCUCUCGCCUCAGCUGGCGCGAGCUGUCAAACCUCACCAGAUCGGGGGGAUCCGCUUCCUGUACGACAACCUGGUGGAGUCGGUGGAGCGGUUCGGCAGCAGCACCGGAUUCGGCUGCAUCCUCGCUCACAGCAUGGGCCUGGGCAAAACGCUGCAGGUCAUCUCCUUCAUCGACGUCCUGUUCAGACACACCCAGGCUCACACCGUGCUCGCCAUCGUACCUGUGAACACGUUGCAGAACUGGCUGUCAGAGUUCAACAUGUGGGUCCCACCCCCGGAAGCGUUACCACCAGAUACUGAACCGGGACUGGCGACGCCUCGCACCUUUAAGGUUCACAUCCUCAAUGACGAACACAAGAACACUGCAACCAGGGCCAAGGUGGUGGAGGACUGGGCACGGGAUGGAGGGGUGCUGCUGAUGGGCUACGAGAUGUACCGCCUCCUAUCGCUUAAGAAGAGCUUUGUGGCUGGAAGGAAGAAGAAGAGCAAGAAAUCAACAGGACCUGUGGUCAUCGAUCUGGAUGAAGAGGACAGGCAGCAGGAACUGCUCAAAGGUAUCGAGAGAGCCUUGGCCCGGCCUGGUCCAGACGUGGUGAUCUGUGAUGAAGGCCAUCGCAUCAAGAACUGCCAUGCCAGCACAUCGCAGGCUCUGAAGAACAUCCGAACCCGACGCCGUGUGGUCCUGACCGGCUAUCCCCUCCAGAACAACCUGAUCGAGUACUGGUGCAUGGUCGACUUUGUUCGACCAGACUUCCUAGGCACACGGCAGGAGUUCAGUAACAUGUUUGAGCGUCCCAUUCUGAACGGGCAGUGUGUUGACAGCACACCUCAAGACAUCCAGCUGAUGAGGUACAGGAGCCACGUCCUGCACAGCCUGCUGGAGGGCUUUGUACAGAGACGAGGUCAUGACGUCCUGAAGGACCAGCUGCCCUCAAAAGAGGAACAUGUGAUCCUAGUGCGUCUGUCACCCCUGCAAAGGGCGCUCUACACAGAGUUUAUGAACCGCUUCAGAGAAGCAGGAAACACCGGCUGGCUCAGCCUCAACCCGCUGAAGGCUUUCUGCGUCUGCUGCAAGAUCUGGAACCAUCCAGACGUGCUGUAUGAGGCUUUACAGAAAGAAAACCUGGCAAGCGACCAGGACCUGGACCUUGAUGACAUCACUACCACAGGUCCCGCCCCAUGUCCAACCGCACCCAAUCAAAAGUCGAAGCCCCUGGAGAAUCCUAACCCCAUUGGUGGACUGAGUCUCAACCAGCUGCAGGAGAAAGCCAAUCAGGUCAUCACUUACGAAUGGGCAAAGGACAUCAUGUGUGACUACAGACCCGGCAUCCUGGAGAACUCAGCAAAAAUGGUGCUGCUGUUCCACCUGAUAGAGGAGAGCGUCAGAAAGGGAGACAAACUCCUCGUCUUCAGUCAGAGUUUGUCCACGCUGACCGUGAUCGAGGAUUUUCUGGCUAAGAGACCCGUUCCCCCAUCGCCCAACAUGUCCGGCAGAGACAGACCCAACCAGAACUGGGUCCGCAACCUCAACUACUACAGACUGGAUGGAAGUACAACGGCCUCAGAGAGAGAGAGACUUAUAAACCAGUUUAAUGAUCCAUCCAACACAUCAGCUUGGGUCUUCCUGCUGUCAACCAGGGCUGGCUGUCUGGGCGUAAACCUGAUUGGGGCAAACCGUGUGGUGGUGUUCGACGCCUCCUGGAACCCAUGCCAUGACGCCCAGGCCGUAUGCCGCGUCUACCGCUACGGUCAGAGGAAGCAGUGUCAUAUUUACCGGCUGGUGUGCGACUUCACGCUGGAGAAGAAGAUCUAUGACCGACAGAUCUCCAAACAGGGCAUGUCAGACCGGGUGGUGGAUGACCUGAACCCCGUGCUGACUUUUACCAGGAGGGAAGUGGAGUCUCUUCUUCACUUUGUGGAGGAGGAGCCGGACCCCUCCCAAACCCAGUUGCAGCCCCAGGACGCCAUGGAGAGCGUCCUCAGGAAGGCGUUGCACUUCUAUCCUCACCUGGUUACUAAGCAACCAUUCCCCCACGAGUCCCUGCUGAUAGACCGCAGGGAGCUGAAGCUGAGCAAAGCUGAGAAGAAAGCAGCGAAGAAAGGUUACGAAGAGGAGAAGAGGGCCUCUGUGCCAUACACCCGCCCGUCCUACGCUCACUACUACCCUGCCAGUGACCAGAGCCUCACCAACAUCCCCGCCUUCAGUCAGAGAAACUGGCGUCCACCUCCUCGUACUGAAGAGAAGCCAGUGGCCAGUGUGCGUCCAGUUCAGUCAACUCCAGUUCCCAUGAUGCCCCGACAGGCGUCUGCUGGCUCGGCUCCAAGCGACGAUUCAUCAGGAUCCAGCCUCGGAGGUUUCCCUGUUAACUGCCUGCAAAAAGCUGGGGUGUUUGUACAGAGGAUCGUCACCACUACUGACAUCGUGAUUCCAGGCACCAACAGCUCGACAGAUGUCCAGACCAGGAUCACAGCUGGAGAGAGUAUCCAUGUCAUCAGGGGCACCAAAGGCACUUACAUCAGGACGUCUGACGGACGAAUCUUUGCCAUCAGAGCAGCUAAUAAGGCCAAGAGUGCAGAGGAGAGUGCUACCGCGCCGCCAAAAGACUCCCAGGCCCCAUCAGAGGAAGUGUCAACCAAUGGCAGUAACGGUUGCCUGUCACCUGACAGGAAGCAGACUCCCUCCAAGACCGUUCCCCGCCCUCUCUCCCCUGACAGCCCAGAGAUCAUCAGCGAGUUGCAGCGCUACACAAGUGGCACAGGAGCCGGCGCCACUGCAGGCGCCAGAGCUCAACUAGAGGGGGCAGCAGAGAGCAACCUGCCUUCCACCAAACCGGUGCAGACCAAUGGCAGCAGUGGGAGCAGUUUUGCAAGUGGAAAUAUGAGCCACCAAGAUGCCUCUGUGACUAAUGUAAUCCAACCCAACAUGGAUGCCACUGCCGCCCAGGACCUGAGAACAGGCUCCAAGCGCAAAGCCUCCACCCCGUCCCUGGAUGAGCGGCCCAGUAAACAGCCCUCUGCAGGCAAACACUCCUCAGCCACUCUGGCCUCACAAGGCUUCCCCUUCACUGGGGGCUAUGGCCUCCCCCCUCUGGGCCUCAACCCCGCCAUGUUGGGUGGGUCACUGGGGCACCCGCUCUUCAUGGGGGCAGGCUCGCCUUACUUCCAGCCCCCCCACACUCAACUAGGGGACCCCACUUACAUGUACCCAGAUCUGUUUGGCUUUGGCGGGGCCAGUGCAGUCCCCACCUCCUCCUCCUCAACCACAGCCACUGCUACCGCCGUCUCAUCUUCCUCAUCAUCAUCUUCUGCAUCAGUCAAAGCUGCCAGUUCGGUUCCAGGAGCCCUGCCGCCGUUCAUACUGAGCCCCAGCAUGGCGGGCAUGGCUGGGAUGCUCCCGCCGGGCUUCCCUCUCUCUUACAGUCCGUCCCUGGCGAGCCUCUACACAGGGUCGAUGCUCCCAGGCGGGCUGCCGGGUCCCGCUGCCACACCGGGUCCAGCCGGAGCCAGCUUCCUCUCUCAUUACCCUCCCACCGCUGCUUCUGGUUCCUCCUCAUCUUCUCCUUCCUCCUUCUCCCCCUCAGCACGGUCUGAGGGCCCCCGAGGCCCAGUGCUGGUGAAUGGUGGGAAUUUUAGCAGCGCCAGCAGUUCGGAUGAUGACGAUGAUGUAAUUGAGGUGAGAGGACAGUGACCGAUGAGUGAUGUGGUUGUUUUGAGCCAGCUUGAUUCAAUUUAAUAAUCAUCAAAGUAGGAUGACAUCCUAUUUGCCAGGAUACAGGCUUUAAAGUUGCCUGUGGCCGAGGCUGCGAGGGAAAUGGACAAAAAAUGAAAGACAAUUGAAGCACCGUCAACUGAGCCCCUGCUAAAGUGUUUCCUCUGUUCGUCUCUACUGCCUUGGAGAAACAGUCUGAGUGGGGAUUGAACACAGACUGGACACAGAGUGACAAAUCUUUAUGCUGAAUAUCAGAAGCUAAAACCUGAGGAAGAAAAAAAGCUCCAGAUGGAAGAAGAAAAUGAAAAUCAAAGGACUUUGGGCUUCCAAGUUUUUGUCCAAUACUGGCAUUGAAAUACUGAUCACUGGACUUAGUACUGCUGAGUGUGGGCCUGCAGUGACCACAAAGCGGCCACUAGUUGUACUGUUGACUUUAGAGAUUCUAGUUCUGCAGCUUUGCUAAAUGUCAAGACUCUUUUGCUUUUUUCAGCUAAUUAACAAGAUGACAGUAUGUUGGAGUUGCUUAUAUUAUAUAAAAAAAAAAAGUUUGAGAAUUAAGAUAGCUGGUAGUGACGUUUGUUAAAUAUCAGUAACUGAAAUGUUUGUCACUUGUCGAAUAUUGCUACUGAAUUCUUAAAAUGGUAAAACUAAAGGUAGAAUGAUCAAACAGAACUUUUAGAAAGCAUUUUAAUUUACUCAAUAACUCACUGCCAGUACAGGGGGUAUUGUACAUUUUUGUUUUUGAAGAAAAAAAAAAAUGGGGUCAUCUUGAAUCAUUGAAGUUGAGGCUUUUUGAGGAUGAGGUUAAAGACAAUUACUGCAACCUUAACGCUCUAAUGAAAGAAUGUAUGCUUAAUCAAAUGCCUUUUGAACCAGGCCUUUUUGAAAAGACUCCUUCUAUUUCGGCAUCAGACUUUGGAAGAUCUGAUUUUUCUUUUUUUAUAUAUAUUUAUGUAAUCUCUUUUACUUUUUAAAGAACCCCAUUGCCUAAAAACAGCCAGGUGAAAAUGAGAAAAAAAAACUGUGUUCUUGCGAGGUGUCCUCCUUGUAGCGGAGAAACAACCAACAGAAAAUGCCUUUUUGCCUCCAUCUUUCUGAAUGUUAACUGUGAGAGAGGAGAGGUAAAGAGAGACAGGCGGUCACUGCGGCUCUCUGAAUCUCACCCACAGUCUUACUGUAGCCUAGCGAAAAACGAUGCAAAACACUCACUCAAGCCUAUAUAUGUAUUCGUACAAACCCCAGAGGAAUUAAUCUCGCAAACCCCCCGCCCCCAGAGUGUUGGUUACGCUCGUGUCGUUACUGUGUUCGUAUCUGUGUGUUGUGUUUUUAAGGGUUACAAAAGGAAUCGUCUUUUUAAAAAAAUGAAUAGGAACUUGUGUUACUCGGUUUGGUAACUCGUUCUAACAACAACACAGAUUCCACCUCUGCUCUGCUGUGUUUCUUUUUCCUUCUCAUUUUGUAAACACAGGCCAUUGUGAAACCAAACUUUUUUUUCUUCUUUUUUUUUUUGGAGAGAUGGUGUAGCCUUUGCCAAAAGAACGAGAAAUGCACAAGCACAUCAGAAACCUCCAGCGUAGAGGAUUGUGUCUUAAGGAGACCAAAUAAUGUCGUCAACAAUGUAGAGCAGACUUAAAAUCCACCCCGGCAACACUCUCUGCGGCAUCCUCACAGCCACAGUCCAAGUACAUAUCCAUCUCUCUGUAUGACCUUGCAGGUAACACCGUACACUGUACUGCACUGUAAAAGAGACACUAAUCUGUAUACAUCUGUUGGCUGGUUGAAAGCUUCAACAUGUGACCAAGUUCCCUUUAGAUUAACCAUAAACCAUCGUUCUGCUGUUCCAAUUGAUCCCCUCUGAUCACACAAACUGAUCUGCUCUGGUCGGCACUGUCCUUAUGUGGAAAAUCUUCUCCUCCGAAAUGGCUGCAGCGAGAGCUUUAAAAACCACCAGCUCUUUUGUGGAAAAUGGAACAUCGUUAAGUAAAGACUAAGCAUUUCCUGUUCUUUCUCUUCCACGUAUUUGUUCUCCAUACUGAAAUUGUUAUUUACUUAUGUUAUAAUUUUUGUUCUCCUCUUUUUACAAUGUUUGAAUUUACCAAAUUAAUUUAUUUAUGACGGUGCAUAUUUAUUCAUUUGUAUUUUUAUUUUUGUACAAUGUUUUUUUUUUUUGUCUCCUUUUGCUGCUUUUCUUUAUCUUGUUUGUAAGAUUUUUGAGGUCAUAUUACUAUCGUUGUUACUACGGAUGGAAAACGCUUUGUUUUUUUCUGCCAGUCUGACCCAGCUCAUGUGAACUCGUGCAGAACUUGCAUGUGGACCAACCCAUUGGUGCGUUACUGUGCACAUUGAAAGCCAGGAUAGCAUCUUUAAGAAGGAUCGAGUGAAUAUCAUAUCCCAUUUACUGUGACUCUGAUCAGCUCUUGAUUAUGAGAAAUCCAAAAAAAGGACAUCAGGGAUACAGUGAUAUAACAGUUAAAUAUGAUAUUAAGCGGUGUUAAAACUCUUUUCUUAUCUAUAUGAGCUCCUUCAUCAGAAUAUCCUGCCUGUUGACAUGUUUGUUCACAAUUGGGAUACAAAUCUAAGUAUUUUAUCUGAAUAUGAGCCAUUUGUGUGCAUGUAAAUGAAGCUAUAGGGUUUAUUAUUAUACCCAUUAUUUGGGUCAGAAACUGAGGCAGCCCAACCACAAGUGAGCUGGAAAGCAAAAUAAUGAUAUCAAGUGCUUCUCUUUCCUUUUUUUUUUGUUGCUCAUUACCAUAUCAUCAGAAAUGUCCAUCUGUGUCAUCCCUACGACAGCAAACAAGCGAGUUUCCUCAGCGUCGAACUGUUUGGUUGUCAGCUCGGCGUUCGCUGCGCUGACUUACCGCUCUGUUAUUUCACAGCUUUCUACUUGAAUUUACAUAUUUAUUUAUACAAAUCGAUUCGGUCGGACAAGCCGACUGUCUCAAUUCCAUUUUAGCUGAGGAGAAGAUUAAAGCUGCUGUCUUUAAGGAUUGGCUCUAGUCAAAGCCUGUUUAGUUUAGCGAUGGAUAAUGUGUAUGACCUUGGAUUACUUUUAGAUCCUUCUGGGUUUUUUUUUUUUUUUUUUUGAAGUUUGUAAAUAAAAAGAAACAUGUUCUAAAUAAUACAUUUCCUAAUUUCUUUACAUCAGUAGUAGUACACGCCCCCCUCCAUCUCCCCCUGACACACACACACAAACACACAAACACACACAGGCAACAGAGCACAUGUAAAGCUGAAAGCUUCCAAGAAAAUGAACCAGUUUUACAGCCACAUAAAGGGAAUUUUCUCUCAACCACAACGCUAUGAACAGUCACAUAUUAAUGCAACUUUUAACACUGCAAUCUACAAUAUAUAUUAUAUUUGUCUUGAAGUAACAAAACUUUGCAUGCCUAUUGUCAGUUAGUAUAGAUGUCAUCUAACUAAGACCUAAGACUCAGACGUUAGUUUGCAGAAUCACUCUGGGCUCCGUUUAAGAGAGAAAGUUUAACCAAAAGCCCUGAAACAUGUACAGGAAAGAGCCACUGUACUGUAAUUCUGAUGGAGCUUAGAGUUCAUAGUUCAUUUUAGUUUCUGGUGGUGUGUUUUUCUAUUUCCUUUGGAUAAAUGCGCUCAAAAUAAGUCAGAAUCUGGUGUCAGCUCCCGACAACACUUAAUUCUGUGACACAAUGCAGAUAAUAUCAACAAUACACAUGUGGGUGUUUUACAUGAAAAUCUAAUAUUGCCUAGUUUUAAUGAUGUUUUACAUUUUCGUCCCAUGAAAAAGAGAUGAGUACGAACUGGGCCAAAGCAAUGUAGGCCAAUUCACUAUUUGAAACUCAUGAUGCAUCAUUUUACAGUAUGGUAGCUGUAAAUUAUUACAUCUUUAUAAAUCUAAUGGACAAUAAAGGCAUCUGAAUCUAAUCCAAGCCAUAUAGUUAAAAGAAAUUCCAAAAUGAAUCACCAACAUUUCAGACAAUACACAUUUUACAGCACAAAUUGGGUCGGCUAAAAGAAGCUGACCUCAAUUUAGUUGUUGUCUGCUGUUGAUUAAUUUGCACUCAUAUAUAUAUGUCAGUCCGUUCAAUGUUAUUGCUUUUGGCGGUAUAUGUGAUCAUCCUGUUCUUGUAACGUAGUGGUAAGAUCAAUUGAAUGUAACAUCGAGGGUAAAAUCUGGGUUUGGUUUGUACUGGCCCGCUUUCCUCGUCCUACUUUGAUGGUCACUCGCAUACUUUCUGUGUGUGUGAGGCCUCCAUAUACUAGCAGAUGUUUGCUUGUUGUCAUCCUCUGAAAACAAAAAAUAUGUUUUCUGAACCAUUGUGCAAAUCCCAUAUGUGUGCACCAGCCUUUAUUUUGCAGGUUACUUGAGUUUUCAACUUGUUGGUUGUGUCAUAUAUAAUUUAAUAUAUAUUCUAUUUAUAACACACCAAAAGAGGAUAAAAUGGAUAAAUAUAAUGACUAUAUCCACGUCCAUUACCAAUGAGAGGUGUAAUAAUGCCUGAACAAGGAGUAUCUUGUGUCAUUAGAUUGAUGUCCUGCACACAGAGGGUGAUGAACAAAUGACUGAAAAAACCCAUCUCACUAGCUAACUUGCAUGGUUAUUAAACUGCAGAGCCUGAUUUAUUCGAUCUCAUCUCAAUUUACCAGCCACAAUGACUGUAAAUUGCAAAAGUCACAUCCACUUAUCACUACAGAACUAGGAUUUUAGAACUAAAUUGUGCCUACAAAUUUCUAAGCCAGAGUACUUAAAGUUAUCAGCUAGAGCCAGAAAUAAAUCCGUGGCUGGCUGGCGGUAAUAUCCAGAACAGACUGGCCAUGUAACUUGAUUUUUUGAGUGCAUGGGUCUCCGAGUUAUCGAUAAUACUAUGGUAUAUGAGUGCUUAAUUUUGGGAAACUACAGAGCAUGUACCAUGAAGCACACUGAAUAUCAUCUCUAUUAUUAUUAUAUUCAGUGACGGCUGUGAUCUUUAUCUUUCUGUUUCUGUAAACUUUGAGUGAAGGUAGCUGUUUAACUUUGAGUGAAGGUAGCUGUUUGGUCUGUGUCCUUGUUCCAUGUUUCCUUGUUACAACUUAUUUGUAUGUGGUUUGUCCUUUUUUGUAAAUGUGAUGUGAGUUCUAAUUGUUCAGAAUAAAAUGACUGCAUCUGUUA